AUGCAUCUGACUACGAACAAUACGACGACAAACAGUGGUGGCAACACAAAUGCGAACAAUGUCAGCAGUAACAAUAACAGCGGCAGUGGCGGCACGACCGUUGCCGGAAGUGGCGCAGCGGCCAACGGUAAUAACAAUAACAACAACAACAGUAGUAGUAGCAACAAUAACACAGGCAGCAGUGGCAACAAUGGCAGUGGCAAUAACAAUGGCGCAGCAGCUGGAGAAAAUGGUCCACCGUCGGCCGCCAGCAUACUCCAGGACACCUACACAAAGAUGACGUCCGAUAUACUGGCCGAACGGACGCUGGGCGAUUUUCUCUCCGAGCAUCCGGGCGAACUGAUUCGAACCGGGAGUCCUCUGUUUGUUUGCACGGUGCUGCCACCGCACUGGCGAUCGAAUAAAACACUUCCGGUUGCGUUCAAGGUCGUCGCGCUCGGAGACGUCGGCGACGGGACGAUGGUGACGGUACGCGCCGGCAACGACGAAAACUAUUGCGCCGAACUGCGAAACUGCACAGCUGUGAUGAAGAACCAAGUGGCCAAAUUCAACGAUCUCCGGUUCGUGGGGAGAAGCGGUCGAGGCAAAAGUUUCACCCUCACAAUAAUGGUGUCGACGAGUCCACCGCAGGUCGCUACCUACAACAAAGCCAUCAAAGUGACCGUCGAUGGGCCACGAGAGCCCCGGUCCAAAACAAUGUUAUCGUCACUUCUAGGACAGCAGCAGCAGUUCCAUUUCGCCUUCGGUCAGCGCCCGUUCCACUUCCCGACUGAUCCGCUGUCCAGCUUCCGGAUGCCACCGAUCGAUAUGUCCCAGUUUGGCCUCGGGACGGCCAACUCGCACUGGAGCUACAGCUCAACUGGCCCGUACUCUCCGUAUCUCACGUCCUGCACCACACCAACGGCAGCUCAGUUCAAUAACCCGGCACUUGGAUUUACCUGUUCAAGUGGAGAACAAAACGCUGGCCAGGAUUUUACCAGCGCCGGAAGAGAUUGUGUCCCGAUGCUUCCUGAUUCGACAGCUGCUGAUCUGGACCAACAUCUGAGCAGCUUGGUAGGAACGCAACAAACAGCCCAAAUGACUCAUCCAAGCCUGAUGGGUGGAAAUGGAAGCACGAAUGCGUCAGGAAACGGAACCAACGGUAGUGGAGUAACCUCCCAGGCGAACAGUAUUUCAACCACGAACGGCUCAAACGGACUGCUAGUCCCUCGCUACCAAAGCAACUCCAGCAAUAACAAUGAGUACACUCUCCAUACCAGCCAAAGUGGUCCCCGCAGUCUCAGCGACUCCAGUCAAGCCGAAUCGCCGGUUCAGGAAGAUCUUCUAACAUCCAACACGCCAAACUUGGGAGGAAGUGCCAAUCAAAACUUCUCCAGCUUGGUGGUCAACCAAAGCCAAGCCAACUACGGAUCAAGUAGCGGAAGUUGCAACGGAUCCCUCUACCCCGUUCUUCCAGCUAGUCUGCUCUACUCUCAACUGUACACCGCCGCCAAUCAAACCCACGGCUUCCACAAUCACCCCCUACAGAACAGUCACGGAUCGGCUCAGAACGCUACGAUGCACGCCGGGGAACUGCAAAGCGUAAUGGAUCACCUAACGUCGUCCACGGUGAACAGCGGUCGUCAACAUCCCAAUCUAAUGAGCAAUAACCCUCAUACUGACCUUUCGCUUAUCGGAAACUGCGGUGCAAUGGCACGAGGAGCACUCGACGAAGCGGGAGCUCGUGCGCUGGCAGCCGGCGGACGAGGAGUUCCCCCCCAGGGUCAAGUUCAGUCCGAAAACGGGAACUCCGUGUGGCGACCAUACUGA